AUACUUUUGCCUCCAAAUCUCCCCAAAUUCUUCGAGCUAGGACACGUAUUCACUCGCUUGAUCACUUCACACGCUUCUGCUGCUGCUGCUGCUGCUGCUUCUUCUCGAGGAGGAGUAAUUCCGUUUCGGUUAAAGCGGGCGUUUUUAGGAGUAAAGAUUGCAUUUUUUAGGAGAAAAGCUUGCGUUUUUUGGGGAUAAGAAAUCGCGAUCAGGAAAAGGCAUCUCGAGAAUAAUUAUUUAAGUACCCGGAGAGACGAGAGCGCGAGCAGUGUCGGGAAAUUCCCCCAAGGAGAGAUCUCUCCGUCUCCAUCCAUCCAUCCAUCCACCACCACCACCAGCUCUCUACCUUCACUGCUGAGGCGGCGGGCAUGUCGGCGUCGUCGUCGACGGUGGCCCCUGCAGCCGGAGGGGCAGGCGAGGAGGGUGCCGGUGCCGCCGCAGCGCAGCCGCAGCAGGCGGGGCCGGUGGAGAGGUGCAAGGGGGUGAACGGGCUCGAGAAGGUCGUCCUCCGGGAGGUCCGAGGCAGCUCUGCCGAGGUGUACCUGCAUGGUGGCCAUGUCACAUCAUGGAAAGAUGAGCAUGGAGAGGAGCUGCUUUUUGUUAGUAAUAAGGCCAUUUUCAAACCUCCAAAAGCUAUACGCGGAGGGAUACCAAUCUGCUUUCCUCAGUUUUCCAACUUCGGAAAUCUGGAACCACAUGGCUUUGCAAGGAACAGGACCUGGAGUACUGAAGAUGAUCCACCACCAUUUCCAGUACCAACCUCUAAUAAAGCUUACGUUGAUUUAAUCCUUAAAUCUACUGAAGAAGAUCUAAAGAUCUGGCCGCAUAGUUUCGAGUUCCGUCUGAGGGUUGCACUUGGACCUGGUGGAGAUCUGAUGCUGACCUCACGUAUAAGAAAUACCAAUGCUGAUGGGAAACCAUUCUCUUUUACGUUUGCAUAUCACACAUACUUUUCAAUAUCUGAUAUCAGCGAGGUACGAGUUGAAGGCCUGGAAACUCUGGAUUACCUAGACAACUUACAAGAAAGAAAUCGAUUCACAGAACAGGGCGAUGCAAUUGUUUUUGAAUCUGAACUAGACAGAAUAUAUCUGGGCACACCGUCAAAAAUUGCCAUUAUUGAUCAUGAGAAAAAAAGAACAUUUGUUGUGAGGAAAGGAGGCCUUCCUGAUGCUGUUGUUUGGAACCCUUGGGAUAAAAAGGCUAAGGCUAUGUCAGAUUUUGGGGACGAUGAAUAUAAACGCAUGGUAUGUGUGGAGGCAGCUGCUAUAGACAAGCAGAUUACUUUGAAGCCUGGUGAGGAGUGGACUGGAAAGUUGGAACUAUCUGCAGUUCCAUCUAGCUAUUACAGUGGUCAGCUGGACCCUGAUCGUGUUCUUCAGGAUUCUAAUGUCCCGGAAGAUUCAAUCAGUUAGUGUCCUUAGUAGAUAUGUAUCCAGGUAAACUAUUAUAUCAUAUGCAUAAGGGACAUUGGCAACAAGGAGUGUCAAAACGUUUCCUCCAUUCUAUUCAAAUCUUUGUUGUUUUUUGGCAUGCAUAUCUGAACUGAGGAAUUUCAAAUUUGAUUUAUGUUAUUGAGAUCCACAUAACUUGAGGGGACGGGUCAGUAUUCAUACCCUGUAUAUGGAUAUAUUUGAAGUGAGAAACAUCUUCAUUGGGUUGUAAAAUAAAUCAUUACCGUAUCUCUUUUUUGAUCGGC